AUGUCCAGCCCAUAUCACUACCCUGAAGGCCCUCGCAGCAAUCUGCCCUUCAAUCCGUUGACAAGGUUCUUUUGGUUGAGGUACUGGGGAUUCAUGGCUGCUGGGUUUGGUGCGCCUUUUGGGAUUGCAGUUUGGCAAAUGAAGAAGAACGUGUAA